UUGGGAUUAAGUGUGAGGUCGGCGUUAAGUGCAUGUGAUUUAGUGCACUACAGAAGUCACGUAUGGAGACAAUGCCGGCGAUUGAAGUCAUCGCAGAUUUGGUCCGACUUUUCGGACAACGAAGAGAACAAUUCGAGACGAAGACAUAAAAUGGUGGUUCAGUCGGGCUUCGAGUCGGAGACGGAACAGAUCGAUGCACUUCUGCACGAGUUGUCCGACACUGACGGCCAGUCGUGGAGCCAUUGGGAAGAAGAGGGCGAACCCACGAUCCGAGGCGUGAAGACAAACGCCAUUCCUUUGCGACGAUUUAAAGAGAAGUCAUUGUAUGACCGGAAGAGACAUUUCGUGGACUGGAAGCAAAUCCAGUGUUCGGCCGGAAAGGGCGGCGACGGUAUGAUCUGCUUCCUGAAGCUCUGGUGUAACGCAAUGGCCGGUCCCAGUGGUGGCGAUGGAGGCAAUGGCGGACACGUUAUCCUCGAAGCCGAUCACCAGACCAAGUGUUUGUCGAAUGUGUCGACACUCUUGAAGGCAGAGUCGGGCGAAAAGGGUAUGUCUAAAGACAUGAGCGGCAAAAAUGGCGAGCAUUUGGUGGUGAAAGUGCCGGUCGGGACACUCGUCAAGGAUAAUGAGACACAGAGACUGAUCGCAGAUCUCGAUGUCAGCGGAUCUAAGUUUAUAGCAGCGCGUGGAGGACAGGGAGGGAAAGGGAACCAUUACUUCCUGAACAACACUAACAGACAUCCAGGAGUAGCAGAAGUAGGCGCCACCGGAGAGUCAAAGAGAUGGACACUGGAGUUGAAGACAAUGGCUCACUCGGGGUUAGUUGGCUUUCCCAACAGUGGAAAGUCGACUCUCUUGAGAGCCAUAUCGCGAGCCAAACCAAAAGUGGCGAACUAUCCGUUCACUACAUUGAACCCA